AUGUCCAUGGUCGAUAGCGAGCCGGUGUUUGCCUCACGGUGUGAGCGCGUCGGGCUACCAGAGACUGUGGUUAAGAAGCUGAAGUCAUUGGGAUGGGACACUUAUGCUACUUUUGCAUUUUGCAUUCAGAAUCAAACGGAUGAGAAGGCUUUUGCGGACAGGGUCCUCAGGCCUGUACUGGGUGAUGAUCAGACCCAUGCCGCGAGGUUGCGGAGAAUCUUCAUGGAAGCUUAUACUAUGACAGCUGCAGAUCUGAAAAGGUUGACUGACGCAUCAGAGCACGAUGCUCCUCGCAAGUUGCCUGCACAGGAGCUGGCGGCUAGGCUCGAGGCUCUACAGUCAAAGAUCAAGCCACUCUUGAUUCGAGACAGGUCGGAGCCAAGUCACGCUUUGAUCAAUGCAGCUGCUCAAAUGCUUGAGGACAAUCGGGUGCGCUACAUUUCUUGGACCACGUGUACCACACGUGGUCAGGAAAUCAAUGCAGUUCGGGAGCUGACUUCGAUGAAGGUCUGGCAGCCCGACAAGAGCGGCAUGAUCAGGGAGGUGGACAAAGGUCCGUCCAUGCAGGCUGUUGUGGGUUCUGAGCUAGAAGUGCAGCAGGCGCUGCGGCGGAGAGGCAUUGCAUAUGCUAUUGCGCAAGUGAUGAGUUUUUCUGUGCAUGAAGAGCUGAUUGCAUUGCUUUUCAAUGAGUAUCAGAAGGAUCCGCUGGACGGCUACGAGAAAGUCUCGUUGGCCCAAGUUGCUCAGGCCGAUCGUGAAAUUCAUGUCCGUUUGGGAGAGUUGACUCGGGCUGGUUUGGCUCCGGGUGUUGGGACACUUCCGUUGGAUAAGCCAAUGGCAGAGGUGCUUGGGCAGGCAAGUGUCAUGUGGCUCCUGAUGCCGCGUGCGAAGAGCACAAAGCCGUCAGACGAAGAGUCUGAAGUUCCGCCGCCACCUCCACCUCACCCAGAGGCGGGUAAGCGUGUGAAGAGAGUGGCGAUGCCAAGAGCGCUUAUCGGCGGAGUCGCCGAAGAUGACUCUGGCAAUGUGUUGUGUUUUGGUUUCAACUUGGGAACGUGUCAGGUUCGUGGGGACAAGUGUCCGAAGGGCCUGCGCGACCAACGCGCUCCCAAGAGCGACAUUCUCCUACUGAUUACUGCAAGUUCGUGCAUCCAGCUGAGGAGCUGGCGGUUUGGUGCUGUGGCUAUGUUCACUAUUUUGGCCUCUGAUUUUCAUGUUGACAUCAACAAUGAGCCAGGUUGCCCCAACUGGAUCUGCCCUGUCAGCGACUUUCUUGAAGGAUCCAUUUUGGUGGAACAGAAUGGUGGCACCGAGGAAUUCUUCGCGCGGGGUCGUCGGCGGUGGGGCACUUUGCUUGGCGUUGCCAAGGGUCCUGUGCUCCUGGAUGCGCAGCAGCUGCACAAGGUCUUGCCGUGGAAGGGUGGCCAACGAACAGUCAUUGUUGCUUUUAUGCCCAGGCAGUUAACCGACCUAAACGUGGAACAAGUGGCGAACAUGCAGCAACUCGGUUUCCGACUCAGUUCUGCUGACGUUCAUGAGGCGACCGCUGCACCGGCGCGAAUGCCACAUGGGGUGCCGUGUGGUGGCAUCCCUUACGUCCUUGAGCUCUUUUGUGGCACUGCAGGUGUGGCGGCUGCUUUCCAAAAGAGAGGUUGUGAUGUUCUUGGAGUGGAUCACGUGCUUAAGCCACGAGCUGUGAAAGCGCCAGCCGUACGGCUGGAUCUGACCAACCACGAACAUCAGGCUAUGAUUCUGCGGGAGAUCGCGAGAGCUCAGGUUGUUUUCCUGGCGCUGCCGUGCGGCACGUCCUCGAUGGCACGAGCAAUUCCUAUCACGAGUCGCCACGGGCCUAAGCCCAGUCCCUUGCGGUCUCAUGCUUUCCCGGAUGGACUACCGGGUCUACAGGGCAUCAAUGCGCAGCGUGUGCAGGCUGCCAAUGUUCUAUAUGCUUUCACCGUGCAAGUCUUCAAGCGCUGUCAGGAGCUGGGCUGCGUAUGCAUUAUUGAAAAUCCCACUGGGUCCCUCAUGUGGGAGACUUCGUGGUUCCGUACCAUCGCUCAGGCUGGUGUUUGGUGCAACCAUCAGGCUUGCAGUUAUGGUCCAAUGGUCAGUGGUCCUUUUGCAACAGCGGCGGAAGCGGAAUACCUUCCUGCUUUUUGUGCUGCUGCUGUGGCGCGUGACGUUUGUGAUCUUCUUCAAGGUGCUGGAUGGUCUCUGGAAAAGCCGGGUGCGCCAGGGGCACGGGCGGCACAGGCAGCUCAAAAGCAGUCUCGCCGCGAUGCUCCUUCUGUUGGGCCGAGCGAGUAUUUGUCGCGUGUGGAAGUCACGGCCAACGGCGACUUCAAGUUUCCUGCGGAGGUCGGUGCACAGGCCGACCAAUGCUUAGCUGGCAUCCCGAUUGGUUCCAAACUUCUUCUUCAGGUCCGCGCGAUCAAGAAAAGGGGGCGAGCAAGUGCGGGAAGCUACAUCUUCGAUGUCCCGGGAGCCUUGGACGACUCCAACAUGCAGGCCAUGGCCAAUGUGCUCACGGCAGGGGUUCAAGGGACUAUCGAACACCGGGAAAGAACUUUGAAGCAUUACGAACGUCGGGCUAAAGAACUUGAGGUGGCAGAGAAGAAUCUCAAAGAGGGCAUGAACUCUGAGGUGCGCAAAGUUAUGGACUCCAAGAAGAUUGCUUUGUUCCAGGAAAUGCUGGCCGAUGCUGGAAUCGCCGACCCGCACCUCAUCAAGGACUUUGUCGAAGGCUUCCGUAUAACGGGUGAGCUGCAACCUUCUGGAAUGUUUCAGAAGAGAUUGAAGCCUGCGUCUUUGUCUCACGACGACCUCAAAACGACUGCUAAGUGGGCCAAACAUACAGUUGCUUCUUCUUGUCGACGGGCUGCAAAGGAUGACAAGGUGUCGGCUGCAGUCUGGGAUGAAGCGCUUGAGCAAGCAGAUAAAGGGUGGCUCCGUGGCCCGUUUACUUGGAGCGAGGUGGACGCCAAAUACCAAGGAACUUGGAUUGGCUCCAAGCGCUUUGGCAUAGUCCAGAAUGAAAAGAUCAGAGCCAUCGACGACCUGUCGGAAUUUCUCGUAAACUCUUCGGUUACCGAAACUGAAAAGAUCACGCUUGAAGGGGUGGACCAGAUUGUAGCCACAGCACGCUUCUUCAGCUGCGCUGCCAAGGACGGUGAGGAUCGCUUCAGAUUGCCGGCAGAGAAUGGAGGGCACCCACACGAUGCUUGGGCAACAAUCUUGGCUGUCUAUGAUCCAAACGAGGAUGAGGUGAAGUUCUUUGAGGCAGUUGCACUGCCGUUUGGAGCAGUGAGCAGCGUGACGGGAUUCAACCAUGCUGCACGUGCUUUGAAACUUAUACUGUCGCGCUUGCUGUGGCUAGUAAAUACCAGUUACUACGACGAUUUCACUCAGCUCGACUUCGAGGCUUUGGCGGAAUCUUCCGAAACCACAGCAGAGAGGAUCAUGGACCUUCUGGGUUGGGAAAUUUCCAACGGUGAGAAGUUGCACCGCAUGCGUCGAGCUUCAACAUCCUGGGAGUCUCCCUUGAUCUUGGUAAGUCCGACGAGGGCCGACAAGAAUACCUUGCAGAACUCUUUGGCUUCUUUUAAAGGUCGGCUGCUGUUCGCCACCAACCAUGUGUACGGGAGGUGUGCACAGAUGUGCACGCAACCCAUUGGCGUGGCUCAGCGGUUGGGUUUAUCAGAACGCAGAACGGAGAGCAUCCUGACGGCCUCCCAGGAAGCUCUUCACAUGCUUGAAGUCUCAGGCCCGCGUGUUAUUUCGAAGUUGGGUGAUGCGCCUCCUGUUGUCAUAUUUUCGGACGGAGCUUGUGAAGAGCAUGGAUCUGUGACGACACACGGGGCCGUACUCUUCGACCCGCUUACGGGGAGGCAGGAGUUCUUCGGGGAUAAUGUUCCCGAUAACUUGGUGAAGCUGUGGCAACGCUCCGGCAAGAAGCAGCUUGUGUCUUAUGCUGAGAUCCUUCCGGUGGUGGUAGCCAAGGCCACAUGGCGACACAUCUUAGAAGGGAGGUCGUGCAUUUACUUCAUCGACAACGAGGCUGCAAGGGCGUGCUUUGUUCGAUGCUUUACGCCAGUGCUAGAUGCUACAUCGCUUCUCCUUGAUUCUGCUUUCCUUGAUAUGCAGUCCAAGACGCUUAGCUGGUAUUGCAGAGUGCCAUCAAAGAGCAACAUAGCCGACGAUGCUUCUCGACUUGAAUUCGGAAGGUGUGAGAAUUUGUUCGUGAGAGUCCAACUGUCCAACCUGAUUACUCGUGCAUCACAUGUGCAGAAAGGGGUGGACGGAGGAGUGAUGCAAAAGUUGCCGGAGGCGGCAACGAGUUUAAAAAGCGUCGGAAAGGAUCGGCUAAGGAAGCUGGUCGAUGACGGCGGCUUCGUGGCUCCUCAAGGCCUGGGGGGGCGUUGCAUGGUGUCAAGGACGGAGCUUGAACAGUUCAGUCGGUACAUUCAGUGCUCGCUGCUCAGCUUGGUGCGUGGGGCUUCGACCGAAGCCCGCAAGGACGUCGAUAGCAGGGACGAGACUCUCGAAGCAUUGACAGCUCUGCACGAGCGCGCCGACCUCUUGCUUGAGAAUCAGUUUAGGCUGCAGACCCAGUUCCUGAUUUUGCAACAGCGCAUCACUCGGCUUGAAGGUGCCGUCGCACCUGCCCGUGCGAAGGCUGCAAAUGAUCAAGGGGGGGUUGGUGAGUUUACUUUCCCGCCUUCGCCGCCUCUAGGGGUCAGCGACCUUGCAGGCGAUGCGCCCUUACCUCAGGUUUUCCCAGGCUGUGGCGAAUCUUCUGCAGGCAGCUUUAGUCGUGUCAGCUUUGGCAGUGAGUGUGUUGAGAACGACCUGCACUUCCCUCCGCUUGAGUUCCCAGAAGACUGGGAAGACGAUGCACCCGAAACUGCCACAGCUCGGACGCCUAUGGACUCGGAGUCUGUGGAGCGGUCAAACAGGGAAGUGGCAAGUCUGAUGCGAGACAUUUUCGGAAGCGACGAUUCUCAUGUCGAGAAUGUGGAAUCGAGGACAGCUUCGGCCUCGGCUGCGCCCUGUGAGCAGGCGGCUUCUUCGAUCCCCGAUCUUGACCAGGCUAUGUCGAUUGCACAUGCGGAUGCCUCUGCAGAUAUUAGUUUAGCAGCUUCAGGAGAGUUUGUGUCGACCGCUGGUGUCGUUGAUGAUGCACUGGGUUCCUUUGUAGGAGGGCUCGUCAAGCAAGAUGUUGCUAGAUUCGGCAGACUCGACGAUGGUCUUAAGCUUCCGUGGGAGAGUGAGUUCUCCAAGCUGCUUUUCGACCCAGAUUGCGUGUGGGACCCGUUGCAAGGCCGAAAGCAGGACUCGAUCUUUCCGCCCAUCACGCAUAAUGCCCAGGCUGCCCAUCGACCUCCAGCAGGACCCAAGGAGGCUCCUUCAGGUUCGAUUUUCGCUUGGGCCAUUGCGUUGGGUGCUGCAGCUCGCGAUCCCGCCGCAGAGCGAGAGCGAAAGAGGGAGCAAGGGAUCGGAAUGUGGAGUAGGCUUGUGCUGAGGUAUUCCGAGUGCUGCUCCCUUUAUGAGUGUGUCUCUCAAGGAUUGAGUGGCAGAGAAGCGGGCUAUGAGGAUGUUUUGGUGGCUGUCUCGGCCGCUGUGGGAGUGAAGUCACCGCACACCAUUCACAAGCGUGCCGCAUCCUUUUGGACCUUUGUUCGGUGGUUGGAUGUCCACGAGCCCUUGGCCCCAAGCAGGCUGCAUGAGGUGCAGGUGUGGAAUUUUGUGCAGUUCCUCAAGGAAACUUCUGCGCCGGCCUCCAAGGCCGCUUCGGUCCUGAGUGCUGUCAGGUUCGCUCACUUCGUGCUGGGGUUCCGGUUGUCGGGAAUCGUUGAUUCCAAGAGGAUUGCUGGAGCCACAGAACAACAGCUUGUCAAUGUUCGCAAGCUUCGCCAGGCGAAAGAUCUUACAGUCUCGCAGGUUCUUGAGCUGCACGCGAGGUUGGAGUCGGGAGCUUUGCAUUGCUUUGACCGCGCACUCCUUGCGUCUCUGCUGAUUAGGCUGUACGCUAGGGCUCGCCCGAGCGAUUUCCUGUUCGUUGAAUCGGUCGAGGUUGACUGCCCGCCUGGAGCAGACUACCCACUGCUAGUGUUCGAAGUCUCCCAGCACAAGGGAGCCAGGAAGGUGCAGCUUAAGACCAAGCUCUUGCCGAUCUUGGUUCCCAUGAUAGGGGUCCAUGGAAAGUGCUGGAUUGAUGAAGCCUUGACCGCUUUUCGGAACGCGGGGAGAAGCCUGACUUCGGUUCGGGGUCCGCUGACCUUAGCACCUGCCGACGAGUCAGGGGUCGUCUCCUCGAGGAGGUCCAUCGCUUCAGCUGAAGUGGGCAAGAUGUUGAGAGCCUUCUUGGGUUUGCCUGAGGAGGUCACCGAUCCUUCGGCCCCCAGGGUCACUGCAUAUUCGCUGCGAGGCACUUGCUUGGGCUGGGGAGGUAAGUUCGGGUUCGACGAGGACCUGAAAAGCAUCUUGGGGAGGCAUGCUUCCUCAGUCAAGACAACGCAAGCCAUCUACAGCAGAGAGCUGUCGGCGGCGCCGGUGAGGCGGCUUCAGGACAUGAUUAGGGAGGUUGCAUCGGGGAACUUCUUCCCUGAUAACAGUCGCUCGAGUUACUUCCCGAGGCGAGCCGCUAGUGAUGGGGCGUUCCCGUCCAAAGGAGCUGAGAAGCCCAAUCCUGUCAAAGUUGAGGUGGUCAGCAGCGACGAUUCUGAGGCAGGGAACUCUGCUUCUUCAGACAAGGAGUGCAGCGACUCUUCCCAGUCAUCGCAGUCCUCCUCCUCGUCAUCUGCGAGCGAGGCGGUUCAGCCUGCUGUUCGCAGGUGGAAGCGAGCUAAAGUCGAGGUGCCCGACCAGGUGGGCCUCAGUCGCGAAAGCCUCAGGGCGCUCGCGGACCAUGGGAUCGAUACUUUGAGCAAGCUGGCUUACUCUUGCGGUCAACCGGGUACGCCUUUGCCUCAAUCUGAGUUUGAUGACUUCAUUUCCACGGUGAUGCCGGCGGCCCUCUUGGGUGAGAAAGGAAGCGUCAAGCGACUUCUUUUCGAGAGUCAGGCACUCUUGCUUAAUGACCUCAGGGAACAGGUGACCCAGCCCGAUAAGUGGUCUACACGUGAUGUCCCGACAGUUGAGCGUCAGAAGAGGAUGGAAGCAGUGCGUGCCAGCAUACCGGGUGUUGUGCUUGAGGGGUCAUUGGAGCCCUCCCACGGGCUCUUGAAUGCAGCUUGUCGAAUGGAGAGAGAGGGGCAGCUUCGCUACAUAGCUCCCGAGCAGUGUGGCACUCGCAUGUAUGAGAUUCAAAAUGUCAAGGCCCAGAGUAAAGUCCUGUCUUUGGAAGAGGGCAAGCUGGCGAUUUCUGAGGAGAAAGGGUUGCCCGAAGUUGCCUGCGGGUCAGCUUUGUUAUUGCAGGAGGCUCUGAAGCGCCGAGGUGUGGCUCUCCAGUUCGCCGGUGUCGCCAGCUACGUGGCGCGUGAACGUUAUGUGCUCAAACUCUUUGGGCAUAUGGGGCGAGAGCCCCCGCCAGGCUAUGCCAGGACCAGUGUGCACCAGCUCCUUACGGCAGACAGGCAGGUUUGGACGCGAAUGAUCGAAAACGAAAUCAGUCCGAAAAGGAGUGCAGAUGGAACGUACCCUGUUGAUCGGGCUUUGCUCCCCACGCUUGAGACCUUCGACGUCACUGUAGCUCUCCUUCCGCGGAAGUCGGAGGAAAGCAAGAAGAGGGUCGCCGCACCACAUAAGCCCGGGGUUGAGAGGGAUCCCAAAAUCGCGAAGCCCCCCAAAGGCAAAGGGAAGGGCAAGAAGGGCACUUGGCAGCCCAGUGUGCCAGAAGCCAUCCGUAAGCUGGGUGGAGUUGCCGAGACUCCCGAUAAGAAGCGCAUUUGUUUCUCCAGGAAUCUGCCAUGCGGCUGCACUCAGGAUCCGUGCCCCAAAGGCUUGCAUGUCUGUGCAUUGUGCUUUGCACCUGACCAUGGUCUUCAGGAGUGUCCGAAGAGAAAGAAGUGA